AUCAAAAAAAGGUUUUGCCGGCAUAGUCGGUGGCCUUCUUGCAAAGAAAGGGAAACGUGCCCAGUCUUCGACGAGUUCAAGUGGUACAACAGUAAGCUCGCACAACGAACUUGCUAUGUACCAGGGCGUGCCAUGCGAUUACGAUGACGACGAUGUCGAUUUUGACGUGCUCGGAUGGUGGAAGCGGAACGAACACAUGUUCCCAUGUCUCGGCAUGCUAGCAAGACAAGUGUUGUCCGUCCCAGUAUCAACCGUAGCAGUUGAACGAGAAUUCAGUGCUGGCGGCAACAUUCUAACCGACUACCGAAGUUGUCUUAACGCUGAAUCUCUUGAAACACUGGUUUGCAACCAAGAUUGGCUCUUGGCAAGACGUCGGGCUCAAGAGUCAUCGUACCAACUCGAAUCGGAGCAUUACAUGAAUGCAACCACAGAUGGAAGUCCGAGUUCUGAAGAAUAAGUUAUAAAUUUUUUUUAUGUUAAUGUAAAUAUGUAAUUAAUUUUUUCAGAAUGCAGCAGAAAUUAGUCCAAAACAAAUGGAAAUUGCAUAAUCUUCAUGUGACCAAAAGUAGGGGGGGGGGAAUAAUAAAUAUUUAGACAAAAUGAAAAAACGACAUCACUUGCAAGCAAGCCAUGCCUCAGCUUCUCCAUUUCCUCUCACAACUACCCUCUUUUUUUCCCUUUUCAAUAGCUCAGAAAAUUCAAAAUGAAAAUGGAUUGAAAGAAGUAAAAAAUCCACUGGCCU